CCGCCGGGGGCGCGGGGGCUGCGGUGGGCGCAGCUCCGGCGCGGCGCGGACUGGAGGUGAGGGGGCUGCGCUAGGUCCCCAAGCCAAGGGGGGGACCGGGCCGCCCCCGCCGCGCCCGCCCGCCCUCCCGGGAUGCGGCGCUGAGGCCCAGCAUGGCAGGCCCGGGUCCCACCUUCCCGCUGCAUCGGCUCGUCUGGGCGAACCGACACCGAGAACUGGAGGCCGCGCUGCACAGCCGCCAGCACGACAUUGAACAGGAAGACCCCCGGGGGCGCACCCCGCUGGAGCUGGCUGUAUCCCUGGGGAACCUGGAGUCCGUGAGAGUCCUCCUUCGACACAAUGCCAACGUGGGCAAAGAGAGCUGUCAGGGCUGGGCAGUCCUGCAGGAGGCCGUCAGCACUGGGGACCCUGAGAUGGUGCAGCUGGUGCUCCAGUAUCGGGACUACCAGAGGGCCACGCAGAGGCUGGCCGGCAUUCCGGAACUGCUCAACAAACUCCGCCAGGUGCAGCAGGGCACGGAGGCCCCCGACUUCUACGUGGAGAUGAAGUGGGAGUUCAGCAGCUGGGUGCCCCUGGUGUCCAAGAUGUGCCCAAGUGACGUGUAUCGCGUUUGGAAGCGGGGUGAGAGCCUGCGGGUGGACACCAGCCUCCUGGGCUUCGAGCACAUGACUUGGCAGCGUGGCCGGAGGAGCUUCAUCUUCAAGGGCCAGGAGGCCGGAGCCUUGGUGAUGGAGGUCGACCACGACCGGCAGCUGGUGCACAUGGAGACGCUGGGGCUCACGCUGCGUGAGCCCGAAGCGCUGCUGGCCGCCAUGCGGCCCAGUGAGGAGCACGUGGCCAGUCGCCUCACCUCUCCCAUCGUCUCCACACACCUGGACACUCGCAACGUGGCCUUUGAGAGGAACAAAUGUGGUAUCUGGGGCUGGCGGUCUGAGAAGAUGGAAACCGUUAGCGGCUACGAGGCCAAGGUGUACAGCGCCACCAACGUGGAGCUGGUGACACGCACACGCACGGAGCACCUCUCUGAUCAGGACAAGGCGAGGAUCAAAGGGGGAAAGACUCCAUUCCAGUCCUUCCUUGGCAUGGCCCAGCAGCAUUCCUCCCACAAUGGGGCUCCUGUACAGCAAGCAGCCAGCCCCACAAACCCCACAGCCAUUUCCCCCGAUGAAUACUUUGACCCCAACUUCAGCCUGGAGUCGAGGAACAUCGGCCGCCCCAUUGAGAUGUCCAGCAAAGUACAGAGGUUCAAGGCGACACUAUGGCUGAGCGAGGAACAUCCGCUAUCCCUGGGGGACCAGGUGACGCCCAUCAUCGACCUGAUGGCCAUCAGCAAUGCUCACUUUGCCAAGCUGCGUGACUUCAUCACCCUGCGCCUUCCACCCGGCUUCCCGGUCAAGAUUGAGAUCCCCCUCUUCCACGUGCUCAACGCCCGCAUCACCUUCAGCAACCUGUGUGGCUGCGAUGAGCCCUUGAGCUCGGUGUGGGUGCCGGCGCCCGGCUCUGCUGUUGCAGCUUCAGGGAGCCCCUUCCCCUGUGAGGUGGACCCUGCCGUGUUCGAGGUGCCUGAGGGGUACAGCGUGCUGGGUGCAGAGCGCAGCGAGCCCCUGCGUGACGAGGAUGAUGACCUGCUGCAGUUUGCCAUCCAGCAGAGCCUGCUGGAGGCGGGCACAGAGGCGGAGCAGGUGACUGUCUGGGAAGCCCUGACCAACACCCGGCCUGGCAUCCACCAUGCCCAGGCCGCAGCCUACGAGGAGCAGCUUCAGCUGGAGCGGGCCCUCCAGGAAAGCCUGCGGAUGUCCACAGAGCCCGGGGGUCCAGGCUCCCUGCACCAGGUGCCCCCAUCCCCGGCCCCCCCCAGCUUCGAGGAGCAGCUUCGCCUGGCCCUGGAGCUGUCCUCGCGGGAGCAGGAGGAGCGGGAGCGCCGGGGGCAGCAGGAGGAGGAAGACCUACAGCGGAUCCUGCAGCUCUCGCUCACGGAGCACUGAGCCCCGCCCUCGGGAGGGUGUCAGGGCUGCUCACCCACCCACUUUUGUAAUUUAUUUAUUUAUAAACACUCAGCUGCUGGGCUCAGGGGGCCUGGAGCCCUAGAUGGGGGGAGCUGCCCUUUGACCAAGAAGGAAAUAAAGAGACCCCAGCAGCAGG